AAAGCUGCUGUUAUUACACGUUUCACUUCUCUACAACUCAACAAACUACACCAUCUCUCUGCAACUGAAAACUCCAUUUUAUAGUACUAAAUUAAACACAGUCAGACACAGUGACACAAGCUACAAGACAUAAUUUUUAAUCAAACCCCAACUCACAAAUUUACCUUUAUAUACACUUUUAGAUCAAUAAGUUCAGUCUUUUACUUGCAUUUCCAUGUGGGUGCUUUUGUAAUUAUCUUCUGAUUUAAUUCCUUCUACACACUCUGAAAACUCUUCUGUUCUGAAAAGUUUCUAUAUUUGGAUCUGGGUUUGAGUCAACUCAGCUUAUUGACUCGUGAAUUUUGAUGGGUUUUGGUUCGACUUAAGGUUUUAGAUUUGGUUCGGUUAAUACAAUGAGUUGGAAGAGUAAAGGGUUAGAUAAUUCUGCAAAGGGUGUGGUUUCUAAGAAAUGGACUCUUUUGUUUUGUAUUGGCUGCUUCUGUGCUGGGAUGCUUUUUUCAGACAGAAUGUGGGAUGUGCCUGAAGUUAAGGAUGUAUCGAGGGCAACUGGCUUCGACGUUGAAAAGUUAAAGCUAGUUUCAGAAGGAUGUGCCCCAGAAACUAAAGAUGUAAAGCAUGAAUCCAGGGACUUAAUGGGAGAGGUCACGAAGACACAUCAAGCAAUACAAACUCUGGAUAAAACAAUAUCAAAUUUGGAGAUGGAGUUAGCAGCUGCAAGGGCUGCACAAGAAUCUAUACUAAAUGGUUCUCCAGUGUCGGACAAUUUAAAAAGUACUGAUUCAACUGUGAAAAGAAAGUAUUUAAUGGUUAUAGGCAUAAAUACUGCUUUUAGUAGCAGAAAACGAAGAGAUUCAGUUCGCGAUUCUUGGAUGCCUCAAGGUGAUAAAAGAAAAAAGCUUGAGGAAGAGAAGGGCAUUGUAAUUCGCUUUGUAAUAGGCCACAGUGCUACAGCUGGCGGCAUCCUUGAUAGAGCUAUUGAAGCAGAAGACAAGAAGCAUGGUGACUUCAUGAGGCUGGAACAUGUUGAGGGUUACCUUGAAUUGUCUGCAAAAACAAAGACAUACUUUGCCACUGCUGUUGCUCUGUGGGAUGCGGAUUUCUAUGUCAAAGUCGACGACGAUGUGCAUGUAAAUAUAGCAACACUUGGAACAACAUUAGCUAGGCAUCGGUCAAACCCCAGGGUUUACAUAGGAUGUAUGAAAUCUGGUCCUGUCCUUGCUCAAAAAGGAGUGAAAUACCAUGAACCCGAGUAUUGGAAGUUUGGGGAGGAAGGAAAUAAGUAUUUCCGUCAUGCAACAGGACAGCUGUAUGCAAUUUCAAAUGAUUUGGCUACUUACAUAUCAAUCAACCAGCACAUGCUUCACAAGUAUGUCAAUGAAGAUGUUUCACUGGGGUCGUGGUUUAUUGGAUUAGAUGCAGAGCAUAUCGACGACAGAAGACUAUGUUGUGGUACUCCACCAGAUUGCGAGUGGAAGGCUCAGGCAGGCAACAUCUGUGUUGCAUCAUUUGACUGGAGCUGUAGCGGGAUCUGCAAAUCUGUCGAGAGAAUCAAGGAAGUUCACCGACGUUGCGGUGAAGGUGAGAAUGCAUUAUGGAGUGCAGAAUUCUGAUAAGAAAAGCUGUUUUUCUUCCUAACUCAGGAGGAAACAAAUUAAAAAGUCACUUCUUAGGUAUAGAGGAAUGUGAAUUAAUGUUGUCAAAACUGUAAAAUGAGAGAGAUGGAGAGUCUGCUCCAUUUUAGGUAAGGGGCAUGAAUCAAUAGCAUUUCAUAAGAGAAAAGAGAGGACGAGAUUGUAAUUAUUUAUUCUUUGGAGGGGUCAUUUUGUAAGUUUACCAUGACUAAUUAAACUCCAUAAUAAGUACAAAUAUUUUGUGCUUGAUUAGGUAAAAGAAUUUUAGUUGAAGUUUUA